UCUCCCUGCCUCUCGCUCGCUGCUCUGGGCCAGAAAGCUAACUAGACACCGUCUCUCUCUUUCUCUCUCUCUCUCACACAAACACACACACACACACACACACACACACACACACACACACACCCCGACAGAUACCCCCCCUCCGCGACCCCUUAUGCAGUUGUCCACCCCCCCGCCCCCCGCAGCGUCCAUGUCAACCUCGCGUGCGGUAUCUUGCUCUCCCUCGUUCUCUCUCUCUCCCCCUCUCUCUCUCUCUCCCCUUUCUCUCCCCCUGUCACACUGUCGCCAGUGACAGAUGAUGUGGAGCGGAGAGAGUGAGUGAGAGUGAGAGUCAGCGAGUGAGUGAGUGAGAGAGAGAGAGAGGGAGAAAGAGAGAGAGGGAGAGAGAGAGGGAGGGAGAGAGAGGGAGAGAGACUCAAGUGAGAAACAGUUCCCGGACAUCGAGACAGAGAGAGAGAGCGAGCGAGAGAAAGAGAGAGACACAGAGAGAGAGAGAGAGAAACGCAAACGACAGAGAGCGAGAGAGAGAGAGAUUUGGAGAAAGGGGAUGAGGAUAUUUUCCUAACGUUUCAACUCGGUGCCGCUGCGAGUGUGCUGUUAAUCCGCUCUCGUCUUCCGGCUCUGAAUUAUUUUUGGAAGACUUGGGGGUGAAGAGAGUUGUGGAAAAUAAACGACAAGCCGGCGUGCAAACAAGGAUCCGGGGCAAGUACGGAAUCACAGGACCAAUGCCAUCAGCCCCUCCGCUCCGAGGAAGAUCUCUGACACGUCACAUUGCACGAAAUCGCAGCCAGUUAACACAACAAGCUUUGAUAUGACGGGAAGCAGAGUUUAAGGUAGGAUCCUCCUCUUCAGCUGCCGAACUAUCUCCCACCUGAGGUCCAGCCCAAGUGGAUGAUCUACUGACAACAUGGUGUUCUUGAGAUUGGAUGGACACCACCAGAGGGCCUAAUGCAAUUGAUGUUUUCCCGUCGGUUUUAGAUGGAUCUUCUGAGUCUUUCACCUGUCACAACAGAUAAGAUUCAGUACCACUGCUGGGCCUGAGACCGGGCUACGUUUUUCCCCAUUGUGUGAUUGCUUUGGAUCAUAAACAAUGUCCAACCCAAAUGGCCUACCUUGGCUCACAUUUGUUCUUGCCCCUGCUUUGAAUGUGAACAACCUGCUCUGGAUAACAAGUGUCGUCGUACGCAUCGCCUUCCUCAGCUGUCAGGAAAACUACCCCAUCGUCACCACAAACUAUGGGAAGCUAAGGGGAGUAAGAAUACCGCUAGUCAAUGAUAUCUUGGGCCCCGUUGACCAGUACCUCGGAAUACCGUACGCCUCAGCUCCCACGGGCGAGAGGCGCUUCCAGCAUCCUGAAUCUCCCUCCUCCUGGACCGGCGUCAGGAAUGCCACUCACUUCGCCCCAGUCUGCCCACAAAACAUUCUCGGGUUCUUACCUGAUGUCAUGCUUCCUGUUUGGUUCACCUCCAACUUGGAUAAUGUGGCCAAUUUCAUCCAAGACCAGAGCGAGGACUGCCUUUACCUGAAUGUCUAUGUCCCAACAGAGAAUGGAGCCAACACAAAGAAACCAGCUGAUGAUAUAACCAGUAAUGAUGAUGGUGAAGAUGAAGAUAUACAUGACAGUGGUCCCAAGCCGGUGAUGGUGUACAUCCACGGUGGAUCGUACAUGGAGAGCACCGGUAACCUGAUCGAUGGCAGCGUCCUGGCAAGUUAUGGCAACGUCAUCGUAGUCACACUCAACUACAGGCUGGGAGUGUUAGGCUUUCUAAGCACAGGUGACCAAGCUGCCAAAGGGAAUUAUGGGUUACUUGACCAGAUCCAAGCACUGAGGUGGAUUAGUGAAAAUAUCGGGGCGUUUGGAGGAGACUCAAUGCGAAUUACUGUCUUUGGUUCCGGUGCUGGGGCCUCCUGUGUAAGCUUGUUGACGCUUUCCCAUUAUUCAGAAGGUCUCUUCCAGAAGGCGAUAAUCCAGAGUGGGACAGCCUUGUCCAGCUGGGCAGUGAAUUACCAGCCUGCCAAGUACACUCGACUGCUUGCCGAGAAGGUUGGCUGUAGCAUGCUCGACACCAUCAACCUGGUGGAGUGCCUACGGAUGAAGACAUACAAGGAGCUGAUCGAGCAGGACAUCAUGCCCGCCCGCUACCACAUCGCCUUUGGGCCGGUCAUUGACGGCGACGUCAUCCCGGACGACCCCCAGAUCCUGAUGGAGCAGGGCGAGUUCCUCAACUACGACAUCAUGCUGGGCGUCAACCAAGGGGAAGGGCUGAAGUUUGUGGAAAACAUGGUGGACAACGAGGACGGCAUUUCGGCCAGUGACUUCGACUUUGCCGUCUCCAACUUUGUGGACAACCUUUACGGUUACCCGGAGGGGAAGGACACCCUGAGGGAGACCAUCAAGUUCAUGUACACAGAUUGGGCAGACAAAGAGAACCCGGAGACCCGUCGCAAGACCCUGGUGGCGCUCUUCACCGACCACCAAUGGGUGGCACCGGCCGUAGCGACGGCGGACCUGCACGCUCAGUACGGUUCCCCCACCUACUUCUACGCCUUCUACCACCACUGCCAAAGUGACAUGAAGCCCGGCUGGUCUGACGCUGCCCACGGUGACGAGGUCCCCUACGUCUUCGGUGUCCCUAUGAUCGGCCCCACCGACCUCUUCCCCUGCAACUUCUCCAAGAACGAUGUUAUGCUCAGUGCAGUGGUGAUGACCUAUUGGACCAACUUUGCCAAGACCGGCGAUCCGAAUCAGCCCGUCCCGCAAGACACAAAGUUCAUCCACACGAAGCCAAACCGGUUUGAGGAGGUUGCCUGGUCCAAGUACAACCCAAAGGACCAACUUUACCUGCACAUCGGCCUGAAGCCAAGAGUCCGCGAGCACUAUCGGGCCACCAAGGUGGCGUUCUGGUUGGAGCUGGUGCCUCACCUGCACAACCUGAACGAGAUCUUCCAGUACGUCUCGACGACCACCAAGGUCCCGCAGACGGACUCCACCCCCUUCCCCUACGUGACCCGCAAGCUGUGGACCUCCACCACCAAGCGGCCUCCGCUGAGCCCCUCCCACAACCCCAAGCAGGCCAAGGAGACGCGGAAGUCCAACCCGGAGGAGACGACGGUGCUGAUCGAGGACAAGCGGGACUACUCGACGGAACUGAGCGUAACCAUUGCAGUGGGGGCCUCCUUGCUCUUUCUGAACAUCCUGGCCUUCGCCGCCCUGUACUACAAGAAGGAUAAGCGCCGCCACGAGACCCACCGGCGGCAGAGCCCGCCGAGGGGGGCGGCCAAUGACCUGGCCCACCUGCAGAACGAGGAGAUCAUGUCGCUGCAGAUGAAGCAGCUGGAGCACGGGCACGAGUGCGAGUCGCUGCAGACCCACGACACCCUGAGGCUGACCUGCCCGCCUGACUACACGCUCACGCUCAGGAGGUCCCCGGACGACAUCCCGCUCAUGACGGCCAACACCAUCACCAUGAUCCCCAACUCCCUGGCGGCGAUGCAGCCCUUGCAUACGUUCAAUACAUUCACCGGAGGCCAGAACAGUACAAACUUGCCCCACGCACAUUCGACGACUCGAGUAUAGCUCUCCGGGCAAGAGAGGUCCCCACACUAGUUGGGUAAGGGCGCCCCUUUUGGAAAUGAUUUUAUCAUGAGUUGAAGCACUGGAAAACUACUUGUGUCCCACAAGAAGAAUAUCAAGUAACCACUUCUUUCUAUUUA